AAUAAAUUUCAUCUAUAACAUCAUCAAACAAAUAUAUCUGGACAUAAAACGUGCGAGAAAACACGUCUAUUUCACUUGCUUUGGUACUGCAACGUCACAAGAUAACCUCAUAACGAUACCUGUCAGACCGUAACGAGUGUGAGAAGAAGGAUGGUUUGAAUCAUACUCGAUAGACAGAGGAUGAGAGGUUGUAAGACACAGAUAUAUAAGUGUAUAUAACUAGUGUAAGUCAGUUUCUACCACAUUGUAGAAAGCAAACAUGCGUAAGCAAAGGCAAGUCUUUUUUCUCAUACUUUGUGUCAUUAAUGCAUCGUGCGGACUUUUAAGAGUGUAUAAAAAGAGCAAUGAAAAUCUUCCCCGUUUGGAUCAUAGCAAGCUGUUGGGGCGUUGGUAUCUGUUAAUGGACAAUCGCAAUUCGACAGUUAGAGACAACACUUUUGGUGACUUUGAGCUGACAGGCGAUGGAAAACUUUUGAAUCACCUGUAUCGUUACUUUCCAAACACCCAGGAAUGUCGGUCGACAAGUCUUUUGUUCCAACCUCUGAGUUCAGACCCUUCACCAGAGCAUGCGGUAGAGUUCGAGGUUAUCCGAAUGUCCAAUAAGGAGGUACUAGGGAAACAAAAAGUUUUAUAUAUCAACGAUGACAAAGAAAGAGGAUUUGUAAUCAUGCACCAGUACCCAUAUUUACUAAAGUUCGUAGACGUAGACGUAGACGUAAACUUAGACGUAGCGUACGUUUACGUCUAA